AUGGCGAUGGCGGCGCUGCGACGCGAGGGGAGGCGCAUCCUUCUCUCCCCCACCGUCCCCAACCCGUCUCCGGCGGCCGCUUCCGCUGCGGUGACGCGAUCCUCCGCCAUCUCGCAACCGGAGAUGGCUCCACUUGGUGCACGCUCCAUUUCAACUCAAAUCGUGAGGAACCGGAUGAAGAGUGUUAAGAACAUCCAGAAGAUCACAAAGGCUAUGAAGAUGGUUGCAGCAUCAAAGCUUCGGGCUGUUCAGACGAGGACUGAAAAUUCACGUGGCUUGUGGCAGCCGUUCACCGCCCUUCUUGGGGACGCUCCUAGCGUUGAUGUCAAGAAGAAUGUGAUUGUGGCCAUUACCUCUGAUAAGGGACUCUGUGGUGGUAUUAAUUCAACAUCAGUGAAAGUUAGCAGGGCCCUUCACAAAUUGACAUCUGGUCCAGAAAAAGAAAGCAAGUAUGUUAUAUUAGGAGAAAAGGGAAAAGUUCAGCUGGUGCGUGACUCAAGGAACAGCAUUGAAAUGACUGUAACUGAACUACAGAAGAACCCUCUCAACUAUACACAGAUUGCUGUGCUUGCCGAUGACAUAUUGAAAAAUGUGGAAUAUGAUGCUCUGAGGGUUAUUUUCAACAAGUUCCAGUCUGUUAUAUCAUUUAAACCCACAGUGGUAACAAUACUGUCCCCUGAGGUUGCAGAAAAAGAAUCAGAAGCUGGCGGGAAGAUGGGUGACCUAGAUUCUUAUGAGAUUGAAGGCGGCGAGACAAAAUCAGAGAUAUUGCAGAAUCUAGCUGAGUUCCAGUUUUCUUGUGUCCUGUUCAAUGGUGCCCUAGAGAAUGCAUGCAGUGAGCUUGGAGCCCGUAUGUCUGCCAUGGACAGCUCUAGCAGAAAUGCUGGCGAUAUGCUUGAUCGUCUCACUCUCACUUACAACAGGACACGCCAAGCAUCCAUCACCACUGAGCUUAUUGAAAUUAUAUCUGGUGCAUCGGCCCUUGAAGGAAAGUGA